AUGAUGUUUCAUUUGUUCUCCCGCUCUACUGAGGGCUCGAUUUCGGCUGAAAAGCGCAAUGUCGCGAUCGCUGAGCUUGUUCUGUUCUCAACCGUGCAAUUCGUCCAGUUUUCUCUCAGGUAUAUUCAAGAGUGGCGAUAUUGGCAUCAUAAGAAAAGAAAGAAUCCGUUUCGUUGCGCCUUCUACUCCUGGUUUAGCAUGAUUGGCUUACUAUCUCAGAUCCGAAUUGCCAAUAAUGCUAUGAUACUCUCAACAUCUUACCCGACUAGCUCGAUGCUCAUUGCUGAAUCUUCAAUGCAAAGUGUUGGGCUUUCGCCUCUUUUAUUCGAAGUCAGCUUGGUUCUCCUGCGAUGCGGCCAAGCCGGAGAAUUCGGGCCAGGAAAGUCCAAGUACCCCAAACCCACACGCGUGAUGCUCCACGGUUUCCGUCUGCCCAUAAUUGUUGCUAUUGUCAUGACAGUGGUAGGUAGAAUCAUUCAAAUCCACGGACUUGCAGAGGCUGGUUCGGUGUUGCUCGUCGUGGCCUAUGCAUUUGUGUGUGGAUUGAUUGCUUGGCUUGCAGGAAAGUCUCGCUCGAUUCUUUCUGCUUCCGGAUACCGUGGCAUCCUGGUCACAAGCUUCACUCUGCCCUUCUUGCUGGUCCGCAUAAUUUAUUUCGUGCUGUUGACCGACGGGUCCCCGAAAUUCAACCCCGCCAAUGGGGACGUGGGGAUCUUGGCAGGAAUGGGGCUGCUGAUGGAGAUAUUAAUUGUAUCCUUGCUUGUGAUGGCACGCACAGUGACGGAGCCUAUCUCCAGUCCUCCUGAUUCCAAGAUGCUAGCUAUUUCCGAUGACUUAGAGCCCUCAAGAAAUUGA